AUUGUUUUGAAAAUACACGCCUCUUUCCCAGGUUCUUGUAUGUUUUCUGGACGUAGUGAAGUGGGUUUUUGUGUUAGAUACGUGAACUCCUUCAAGCAGCUGCAGUUUGGCUAAGCUUGACAUUGUAUGAACACACAGACGACUAAAGUCAUCCCAAACAUUUAGCCUAGAUCAGCUUCAAAUCCACGCUCUAAUAAUGCAGUUGCUUAGUCACAGUUUCUAAAAAAUUCUUUGGUCUUUAUAAAAAUAGUUGUUUGAGGUUAAGACACUGCCAUAAGCUGUUUAUAGAGUUGUUGUGUUCCGUAUUCUUGAGACUGGUAGGAUAUUAUUCCACACAUUAAAUUUUGAUAACGUUCUGGUCACUAUGGCAACAACCGACACGGCUUCUGCUGGUUUGGUCCCCUUUGAUGUCACAACCGUCCUACUGACAGCAACGCUGGGACUGGUGGUAUACUUCAUCUACAGCCUCUUUAAACCUACAGAAGAGUGGGAACAGUAUGGCGUGAAACAGCCACAGCUUCCGAGGCUUGGAUUUAUAGAUUUCAGGGCUGGAUUUAAAAAGCUGUUUGAGGAGUAUGGUGACAUUGUUGGGAUGAAAAGUGCCGACCUUCAACUUCUAACACGAGAUCUUGACCUUCUGAAAGAGAUACUGGUGAAAGACUUCAACUACUUCGUGGAUAGGUCUACCGCACUGGUCUCAAACACAUCCAUGCCCUUGAGUUUGUUUUUUGCAAAGCGGCAAAACUGGAAGAGAUUUCGUCGUAUUAUGUCCCCAUCUUUCAGCACAGGCAAGCAGAAGAUUGUGGGCAAGACAGUAGAAGAAACAGCCCUGACACUUACCAGGUUUUUCGAAGAGUGUGCGCGGAAAGAUCAGCUGAUCCCCAUCAAAGAGACAACGGGCCAAUAUACUAGCCAGAUCAUUGCAAAGACAGCCUUUGGCUUCAACACUAACUGCAUCGGAAAAGAAGACGACCAGUUCACUCACUACUCCAAGAAUAUCUUUAAAAUCCGCAGUAAGAUAUCUAUGUAUCUUGUGUUGCUUCUUAUCAGGUUUCCGAUCUUGCAGCAGUUUCUUGUCAAGACACUGAAGCUGGAAUAUUUCGACCCUGUAUACCAAGAUGCUGAUCAGUACUUCAGAUCUGUUCUCAGGCCAUCUGUCAAACACAGAGAACAACUGCAGAGAGAGGGGAAAAAGAACCCCACCGACUUUCUACAGCAGCUCGUGAACGCUAAAAUAGGUUCUCGGACAGAUGGUGAAAGGACGUCCACAGGUCUCGCAAAUGGACACGGUCCUGAGGUCUCCCAAUCACUUACGGAAGAAGAGCUUGUUGCGCAGUCGCUCCUCAUUAUCUUUGCAGGCUUUGAGACCACAGCCACUACGUUACAGAUGGCUCUCUACCUGCUGGCUAGACAUCCCGACAUACAGGAUAAGCUCUAUGAGGAGAUUCAGACGGUUGUGACGUCACAGAGUCCGAGCCACGAGGAGCUGGGUCAACUGAUCUACAUGGAGCAAGUCAUUAACGAAACCCUGCGCCUCUACCCCCCGGUACCACUGAUCAACAGGAAGGCUAGUGAGACCAGGACCUACGGAUCAGUCACAAUACCCAAAGGUGCUGAAGUCGUUGUCCCACUUGGGCUGAUUCUGAAAGACCCCAAGCAUUUUCCUGAUCCAGAGAAAUUCGACCCUGAUCGCUUCACAGAAGAAAAUAAGGCCAAGAGAAAUCCAAUGGCCUUCAUGCCUUUCGGGCAAGGUCCUCGGCUCUGUAUCGGCAUGAGGUUGGCCUACCUGGAGGUAAAAAUGGCGCUCGUGCACCUGUUGAGGAAGGUCAAGGUUGAGAUGAACGAGAGAACGGAACCAAAGAAAGGCGAAGACGUGGUUGUGUCGUCACAAGGGUUGAUAGUCAUUGACAAGCCCAUCAAACUGGCCUGUAAAUUGAGAUAAAGCCAAGAAAAACAUUAACACACGCACACACAAACAGACACAGACACGCAAACACACAUACACACAUUCACACU